AUGGGGAACUGCUGGGCGCAGUGGUGCUGCGGGCUGUUCUUCCGGAGGGAUGCCGGCCGCAUCCAGCGCGGCGGAGGAUCCAAGUAUUUUAGAACAUGUUCUACAGGAGAACACUUCACUAUAGAGUUUGAGAACCUGGUGGAAAGUGAUGAGGGGGAAAGCCCAGGAAGCAGUCACAGGCCUCUGACUGAGGAAGAAAUUGCAGACCUGAAAGACAGACACUACGACUCCAUUGCUGAAAAGCAGAGGGUUGUUGAUCUGAAGCUUCAGUCAGAGUUAGCCUUACAAGAGGAGAAGUUAAGACUAGAAGAGGAGGCUUUAUAUGCUGCACAACGUGAAGCAGCCAGGGCAGCAAAGCAGAAAAAGCUCUUGGAGCAACGUAGGCAGCACAGGAUAACGCAGAGAGCACAUGCUGUUAAUAAUGGAGAGUUCCAGAGCUCUGUGGCAGAGGAAGAUCUUGAUCCUUUCCUAAGGAAUACAAAAUUCCAGUAUGAAGCAUUCCGAAGUAGUAGACUUUCAUCUGAUGCCACAGUGCUGACACCCAACACUGAGAGCAGCUGUGACUUGAUGACCAAAACCAAAUCAGUGAGUGGGAAUGAUGACAGCACCUCCUUGGAUUUAGAGUGGGAAGAUGAAGAAGGCAUGAACAGGAUGAUUCCAGUGAGGGAGCGCUCCAAGACGGAGGAGGACAUCCUGCGGGCAGCGCUGAAACUCAACAGCAGGAAGACCGGGAGCCACCCGGCCUCGGCCUCCGACGAUUCCAACGGGUUGGAGUGGGAGAAUGACUUUGUGAGCGCCGAGAUGGACGACAACGGCAACUCCGAGUACGCCGGCUUCGUCAACCCCGUGCUGGAACUGUCGGCCUCCGACGUCCGGCUGGAUUGCGAGCACCAGGACAGGUAGUGAGCACAGCUGCACGGCCCCUGCCCGUGCCCGAGCGCUGGGAAGGGAAAAGGAAUGCACAAAGCCAGCCUGCUCCUCUGCGAGCCCGCUUCCCUUUCUCUCCACGCGCGGAUCCCGUCCGAAGGGAUUCGGAACUAAGUGCAAUUUUAUCGGCUACCUUCUCCACUCUGUGAAA